CCCAAGAUGAUAUUUCGAGCACAUUGGUAGAUAUCAAAUCCAUCAAAUUUCAUUGUCAUGACUGUAGAAGAACUUUUGCCUCUAUCGCGGGUCUACGUAAGCACUUGAAAAAAGGUGGUUGCACGAUAUUGUGUCAAUUGGAUCAUGUGCAUGAAAUAAUUUCGUUCGAUUUGGCUUCAAUGGAAGAGGCCAACUUGUGGAUUGAGGGACACGAGUUGGAUAAAGGAUUGCGAAUCCGGACUUCUUCGAAGGAGCGGAAAGUUUUGUGCUGCCGCCAAAAUUUCCAAAAACACGUGAAAGGUGACACGUCGAAUGCAACAAAUGAGUGUCCUGCGAAGCUUUGAUCCAAAAUUGAGUGAAGUUACAAAUGUCACGACAAUAAUGGCAAGCCAAUGCUUUCGUGGCUUUAACUAUGGAAAGAAUUUCCACAUGAACGUGUUGCCCGAGAAUGUCCAAAAGAAGGUCAUCCCUACGAACGGCGCAUUUUUAAUUUGCUUUGCCAACGAACAAAUGCUCAAGACAUUUAGAAACCAUUCGACCACUAUUUCUGUUGAUGGAACGCACGGCACCUGCUCAGCAAAGUACAUACUUCUUUCAGUUCUUGUUUUUGAUGACCGCGGAGAAGGAACUCCAGUAUACCAGUGCCUCGUCGAGACUGAAAAUCAGGCAGUGUUUUCGUCGGCUUUGCGCAUCUUAAAUGAUAUUGCCCCUGAAGCCUGUGCAUCAGUUAAAACCUUGCUGAGCGAUACUAGCCAUGUAUUUGUCAAUUCGUGGAGGGAAGUAGUCAAUCCGCACAUCGUUUGGAACGUGUGCCACUGGCAUCUCGAAAAAAGCUGGACGAAGAACAUCAAGACACCUGAGAUGUUACAAGAUAUCAAAAGGUUGAGACUCCUUACAAAGGAGCAAGAUUUCUUUUUGGAGUUGACAAGCAUUCAUGAAAAAUAGGGAAAUUUCAAUGAAAGUACCAAAAAAGCUUGGACGUAUUUCGAAACGAAUUACGGGAUCGACGGACGGCAAGCUCCAAUUCGAGCAUGGGCUCGUUUUGCAACAUUAGGGGCUCCUCCCCAUAAUCUUCACAUUGAACGUUACCAUCGCACCAUUAAGACCAUCCUGAAGCCAAACUUUUCCAUUAUCAGAUUUUGUUUCGGGCUCCAAGAAAUUGCAAGGUUUUUUGAACGCAAGCACUUGUUGGUGAAGGACAAUAUUCGAAGCAUUGGAAACUCGAAGAGUCAAACAGAUUACAAUAGCUGUCAUCCAGAGUCAUUGAAUGAUUAUGUGGUGGUGAAGUUCGAGCAAUCGUUCAAGGUGACUAAGAGACUAGAUGGAGGGGAAACAAAGACAUACGUCUUGGAGAAAAAUCGAUUCCCUUGCAACUCUGCCCGGUGUCAGCAAUAUGUGCAAACAUUCGCAUAUCUUGGCCAUGUCCGAAAACACAUGGAUUUCAUCUACUGGUCAACACGACAAUUUAGUCGAUAACACCUACUCGUAUGUUUGCCAGCCCACAACAGCGGAUGCUCAUGGGGCUCUUGAUGCCCUCUCUGAAGAUGAUGCUAAGGGAUCGACUUUUUUGCUCCCUUUUUUCAUGUGGAAGCAAUUUGAAAAUGGUUUGGUCAAGCGACUGCGUUUGGAUCUCAACGAUCCCUCUUUGCCCGUGCAAACUCGAGACGAGCAGAUCUCAAGGCUGGUCCUUUACUUCCAAACUCACACUGGCCGUAACAUGCUCUAUGGAAAACAUUUUAUUUACUGCAUCUUCUUCAACUUCUUGAACGUAAUGGCGCAGAUCUACUUCACCAACCUAUUCCUCGGUGGUAUCUUUUUCAUGUAUGGAACCAAUUUUUCCUACGGCCAUUCAGGCGUCAAUGAAGCAUCGUCAUUUGAGGACAUCGCGUUCCCGAAGAUGUCCAGGUGCGUCCUUCACGUAUUUGGACCAUCGGGAACGAAACAAAUCAUCGAUGCGUUGUGUGUGCUCCCUCUGAAUAUUCUACAUGACAAAGUGUACCUGGUUUUGUGGUACUGGUAUGGGGUACUAGUUUUGAUAACUCUGUGCAAUCUCAUCUAUUGGUUGAUCCAUUACUUUUUCAAACAAUGUCGUCAGUCCCAUAUCCAAAGACAUUUGAAGGGCAAAACCAAAGGCAAUGAACUCAAGCCAUUCAAUCAGAAUUUCGGCGAUUGGCUCGUGUUACAUCAAGUCUAUAAAAACAUUGAGCAUCGGCAUUUCACUCGGCUGGUCUCGGAAAUGUGCAAGGUGGAAUCCAAUGGGCUAAGGAGAAGUGACACUAUGAUAUUUGACGAAUCAAAAGAUUCUGAAGACAAUGAUUUGGAGAAGGAUCCACUGAAACGGACGGAGAAAAAAGUUGUCUUCCAAUGAUAUGUGGAUGUACUUCGCUGAAAAAAUAUUCAAAUCAUAAUGUAAUGAAAUGGUUCUAACACUUAUUUCAGUUUGGCCUCAAAACGAGUGGUGCUGUCAUUGAAAUGCAUGUUUUCCUUUCAAUUAA